AUGCCUUUCUUCCGAGGAGCAACAGACAUCGUUAUCAGCGGUGGAGACUUCAACGACAUCUCUGGGAACCUCGUGGUCAACGACACCAGCGAGCGCAUCUCGAACUUCAGGUCCCAUAACACGGACGAUGUUGUUGAGGUUGACUCGAGCAACACAAGCUGGGCGCGACACGGAGGUCAAGCUCGUUCUACGCGGCGCCCAGCCUCGCGGGAGGAUACUCUUCCAGUUUAUGACAACCCAAACAACUUCCCCACUGGCACGCACACUCAGGCUCCGGUUGCCACUGCUGCUAGUGCUCCUACCUCCACCCCCACGCAACAGCCUGCGGAAGUGGAUUCACGGAGGGCUCCAAGCCGAGCGAACACCAUGGCUUCAGAUGAGACCGAUAAUGACAAUGACAGAAUGGAGGAGUGA